UGUCAGAAUAGCAACUCAAGGUACACAAGAAGAUUGGUAUCUCCUCUGUAGGAAUACUUGUGGCUGUAUUCAAUAUGGGACUGAUGGAGUUCUUCAGGGAGUUCUUCUUGGGUUUCUGGGACUAUGAGACUCCAAAGAUUAUGGUAGUGAAGAACAGGACACUGGGCGUCAUAUACAGAAUCGUACAGUUUCUGGUCAUCACAUAUUUCAUUUGGUAUGUGUUUAUCAGCCAGAAGGCGUAUCAAGACAUUGAGACACGGCCUGAGAGUUCAGUUUACACUGAGAUGAGAGGGGUGGGCAUACUGGGGGACAGCAUACGAGACACCACCGAGUAUGUCAGACCGUCUGAGGGUGGUGAUGUCAUCAGCACAAUACUAAGGAGGGAGGUGACACACAACCAGACCCAGGGCACAUGUGCUGAGCAUUACAACAUCCCCAAUGCAAACUGCACAACAGAUGCUGACUGUGUUAAGGGCGAGAUGGAUUUUGAUGGUCACGGUCAGAAAACAGGACGGUGUGUGCCUUACUACAACUACACCUUCAAAACCUGCGAGAUCAGAAGCUGGUGCCCCAUUGAGGAGUUUGCGGCAGUGAGGGAGCCACCAUUGGUGGAAGCCGUCAAUUUCACAGUCUUCAUUAAGAAUGCCAUCCACUUCCCAAAGUUUAAAGUGCUCAGGGGGAACAUCAAGCCGAGGAAGCCGAAGAAGCUCCUGAAGUGUAAUUAUCACCCAGAUACCAACCCUUACUGCCCCGUGUUCAGACUGGGCUACAUCGCUGAGCAGGCCAGAGAGAAGUUCAGUGAACUGUGCCGAACUGGUGGAGUGAUCGGAGUGUUCAUCAACUGGAAAUGUGACUUUGAUGUGGAUCCAUCAGAAUGCAUUCCCAGCUAUUCCUUCAGGAGGCUGGACCUCAGGAAGAAUCUGCCCAGUUCUGGGUAUCACUACAGGUUUGCCAAGUACUACAACAAGGACGGUCAGGAGUACAGAACGCUUAUAAAAGCUUAUGGCAUUCGUCUGGAUGUUAUUGUACAUGGACAGGCAGGAAAAUUUAGUCUUAUUCCGACAAUCAUUAAUACAGUCACAGCCAUGACAUCAGUGGGAAUAUGCUCCAUCAUCUGUGACUGGAUCAUGCUAACAUUUAUUGAUAAGAACGAGGUCUACAGCGAGAGGAAGUUUGAUGAUGCAUCUAAAGAGCCCAACCCACCAACAGUAACAGAGAUCACCCUCACAAGCUUUGGCUCCACCCACUCUGACCUUUCAGAUGGCAUCCCACUCUGA